AUGGUUCUCAAGGGAAGCUGCAUGUGCAAGGCGGUGACGUACGAGAGCAGUGCAGAUGAGCCCCAAGUAAAGGCCUUGUGCCACUGCACAGAUUGCCAAAAGUGGAGCGGGUCUGCGUUCACGUCUAAUGCUGUUGUUCCUCGCGCGUCGUUCAAGGUCACCCAAGGCGAGCCUAAGUAUUACGACGUUACCGGGGCCUCUGGCAAGAACAACCGUCACUUCUUCUGUCCCACUUGCGGCUCUAGCUUGUACACUGAACUGGACAUGAUGCCAGAUGUCACAUGCAUCAAGGCUGGCGGUCUUGAUGACGGACAGGCAAGCUUGGAUGGAAAGCUUUCCGUCGAGUUCUACUGCAAGAGCCGCGUCUCCUACUUGACAGGGGUUAAGGAUGCUGAACAAAAGCCUGCAUUCCCAUAG